AAACGAAACCUAUGACAUGACAGAAAUCUGUUCCAAUACUGAAAAUAUUGGCAAUGUUUUAAAUAACCAAAGAACCGAAAUGAGUCAUCAACAUACAGACGCUCAGACAUUGACAGAAGCCACACCAGCCGACGGGCAAGAAUCGACAACGGAACCUGAGGUAUUGAUUGGAGCCACAUCAAAAGAUGGUCAGGGAUUGAGCGGAGUAAUACCAACAAAUAGGAAGGGAUCAAGUAAAACCGAAUCAGAAGAACGACCAGGAUUGGGUAGACGAGGCACAUCACUAGAGAAACGGGGAUUAAGAGAAGCAACAACAGGAGUCGGAUCUAUACCAUUAUCAACCAAGUCCAUCAAACCUUGUACAACAACGUCGCCUAGCCCAGAGAAACAAUCUGCACCCACAUCAACUAUGUCUGAGAAACCUUCUACUGCCACGCUGGGUAAUUCAGAGAAAUCACCUGUACCAACUUCAAGUGUGUCAAGAAAAUCUUUCACAGUCAAGCCGGCUAUUCCAGAGAAACCACUUGUACCCACAUCAACUAAGUCUGAGAAACGAUCUACGGCAACGUUGGUUAAGCUAGAGAAAUCACCUGUACCCACAACAACUAAAUGUGAGAAUCCAUCCACAGCCGCGUUCGCUAUGCCGGAAAAACUACCAGCACCCACAACAAAUAAGUCUGGCGAACAAACUACAGCAACAUCAGCUAAUUCAGAGAAACCACGUGUACCCACAUCAACAAAGUCAAAGAAAGCAUCUACAACUACACCAGAGAAUAAUAAACCAGAGAAACUACCAGUACCCACACCAACAAAGUCUGAGAAACCAUCUACUGCUGCGGCUGCUAAGCCAGAGAAUGCACCUGUACCUACAUCGACAGAGUCGAGAGAGAAAUCGUCUACAGUAAAGUUGCCAAGGCCAGAGAGACCUCCUCUACCCACGACGAUUAAGUCUGAGAAAUCAUCUACCGCCGCAUCGGCUAAGCCGGAGGAACCACCUGCACCCACAUCAAUUAAAUCUCAGAAGCUCUCUCCAGCCAAGUCUGUUGAGCAAGAGGAACCACCUCCACGCAUACCAACUAAAUCUGAGAGAGCAUUUUCAACCACCUCGACUAAUCCAAAGAAAACACCUGUACGCACAUCAACAAAGUCGGAGAAACUAUCUAGAGCAAAGUUGGCUAAGCCAAAGAGACCUCCUUUACCCGCGUCAAAUAGAUCUGAUAAACAAUCUAAAGCCACUGCGGCUAACCCAGAGAAAAUACCUGUAUGCACAUUAAUCAAAUCACAAAAUCCCUCAUCAGCUAAAUCUACUAAGUUAGAGAAAGCACCUAAGCUAGAGAGGCCUCCUCUACCCGCGUCAACUAGGUCUGAUAAACAAUCUACAGCCACUUCGACUGAGACAGAGAAAACACCUGUAACCACUUCAACAGAGUCAGAAAAAAUAUCUACAGCCACAUCGCCUACGCCAGAGAAAACACCUGUACGCACACUACCCAAGUCUGAGAAACCGUCUACAGUAACGUCAGCCAAUCCAGCAUUAGCUACACCCACAUUAACAGAGUCUGGAAAACUUUCAACAGCAACGUCGGUUAAUCAAGAGGAAACUCCUGUAUCCUUAACAAAUAAGUUUGAGAAACCUUCUACAGCGUCGGCGGCUUAUCAAAAGAAAAUGCCUGCACCCGCACCACCUAAGUCUGAGAAACCAACUAUAGCCACGUCGGCUAAGCCAACGAUACCACCUGCACCCACACCUAAGUCUUAAAAACUAUCUAUAUACGUCCACUUCCGCUGUUCACCAGCCACGUCCGCUGUUCACCAACCACGUCCGCUGUUCACCAGCCACUUCUGCUGUUCACCAGCCACUUCUGCUGUUCACCAACCACUUCUGCUGUUCACCAGCCACUUCUGCUGUUCACCAGCCACUUCUGCUGUUCACCAGCCACUUCUGCUGUUCACCAACCACUUCCGCUGUUCACCAGCCACUUCUGCUGUUCACCAGCCACUUCCGCUGUUCACCAGCCACGUCUGCUGUUCACCAGCCACUUCUGCUGUUCACCAGCCACUUCUGCUGUUCACCAGCCACUUCUGCUGUUCACCAACCACUUCCGCUGUUCACCAGCCACUUCUGCUGUUCACCAGCCACGUCCGCUGUUCCAGACAAGCCAACUAUACCCACAUUAACUUAGUCUGAGAAACUUUCUGUCGGCUAAUUAAACCACGUCGACCCUGGACCCUGGGGGAGUAGGUUUAUGACCUCGCCUAUGACUGUAUUAAUCUCAUACUCAACCUAUAAUUAAUUCCAAGUAAUAUCUUGACGUCCAUUUUUGCGAAUAAUAUUAUAAUAUCUUCAAAUACCACCUU